CCUUGUCAAAAUAAUGCAACUUGUCAGUCCGGUUUCACAAACAAGGGAUAUCGAUGCUCGUGCCCCCCUGGAUUCGAAGGAGAACAUUGCGAAAAAGGUUAAUUACAGAAUAGACCGAUAAGAACAAAAUAUUUCCUGGAGUAUUUAAACCCCCAUAUUUAUAUAUCACGUUUGGUCGUCGAGUGCGUAUCUUAACGGAAGACUACCAAGGCUGAUCUUUGACGACUGAUAUCCGGCUACAAUUUGAAAUGGUGUCUAAAGAGAGAUUCCGCUGCAGUGAAAGUUUUGGGUCAGACUAAAUUAAAAAUUAAUUUGACACAAUGAUAACAGACUAAAUGCUUUUUGACCGCAUAAGAGUUUUAAAAAGCGAAUGUAUAUCUCACUCGUGUAACUACUACCGUUCUAGAAUUUUUCUUUUCUUUACAAUAUUUUAGAUAUUGAUGAAUGCCAAAAAAUACUCACGAUUGUCACCUGAACGCUACUUGUCAAAACACAAAUGGAUCCUUUGUGUGCACCUGUUUAUUUGGAUUUAACGGAGAUGGACGGAACUGCACAGGUAAAGGCCUUUAGAUUGUACGUAAUUGUCUCGUUAUGACUUUGAGAAAUGUUAAUUUGCUUGUAGUUGUUUGUUUAAUUUGUACGUUCAGUCUUGGUUGAUUUGUUUGUUUGUUUUGAUAAAGCAGUUACCCUUGCCUGAACAUUUUUGACCAAUGGCAGAAAAUGAAAAUCCUCAAUCACAAUUAAACGCAAGGGAACAAAAUGCUGAACAUCUUCGUUGACCAGCUUUCUCUUUAAUAAAACAUAGCGACCAACAACUCUCUAACGACAACUAUCGCACUCAAUGUUCAAAAUAAGGUUUAUACAAGAAUCAUACUCCAAGAAUCGUGAUUGAAAGCCUUUCAUUUCUCAGAUAUUGACGAAUGUGCAAGAAAUCUUCCUUGUCAUGUGAAUGCUAACUGUACCAACACCAUUGGAUCACAUGUAUGUACAUGCCACACUGGAUACACGGGAGAUGGAAAAUCUUGCUGGGGUAAUUUUAAAAUUUUCCUUCAAUCCCAGCUAUUUAAAGCGGAGAGUAAUCUCAAACGUCUUUUUAACUCAAAUUAUGGCGUCAGAAGUAGUCAAACAUUUAUCCUAAAAUGUAGUUCUACUCCAUAAUUCACCUCUCACUAGAAAUGGUGGAUUAUUUCACUUUGUCCCACAUCUUUUAAGAUUAGGUUUGCAGUAUUCAUGUACAGGUGUUCAUUAGAUAUUGAUCAACCAAACAUUUUUCAACAUAACAUCCAAUUCUGGUUUGUUACUUGGUGCACUUGAUCCUCAUCAGACAUCGACGAGUGUUCAAACACAAACAUCUGCAAUAAGAACGCCUUUUUGCAGUAAUACCCAGGGCUCCUACAGUUGCGCCUGUAAUCCUAAAUACACUGGGGAUGGUUUGACUUGUAAAGGUUAGUCUCUUGUAAUUGAUCCUUUAAAAAAUUUGUAAAGACGGUACUGGCUGAACUCGCUGUAAAUAAUCUUGAGUGAAAUGCUAUUCUUGUUUAACCAUAUAACAAAUCACGUUAGUUCUUAGUGCCUUUAAAUUGCUUGGAAACGUCCUUCGACAAACAAAUAGGGAAAAAGAAAGAUACAUUUGAUUUUUUUAAUAGACUUAAUGUGCAUGGUUUUUGUCCUCCAGGGGAGAAAACAAUGAUCCCCAUCAUUUAUUCUUGAUGACGCAUAACUGUUUUUGUAAUUAGAAUUAUUAUGAGGCUGUGUCUCGAAUAGAUUAAAAGCGAUCUACCAAAAUAAUCUGAUUGGCUAAAAUCGAUGUUGACAGCGGUUAAGAUUUUCCCAUUUUAGCCUAUUAAGGUGAUUCCUAAGAACAUAAAUAUUAUCUGACGGUUUUUUUCAAUCUUUUCUUUAAUGUUCCCUAUCAAUGUCUGUUUCGGAAGAUACAAUAAAAAAGACAGGUCACCGUUCUUGUUCGGUAGCUGGAAGCAAAGAUUUUCAAAGUAAAAAUUAAAAAAAAAACCUUGAAAGGCACAAAGUCUUGAACGUAGGGAACAAUUUGAUAUAUAAUUUGUGAAAAAUCAAGUAAGUUUAAUCGACAUCGAAUUAAAACGUUCCUCGAGUCGUUGCUCCCAAUGUCAUAAUUUUCAUUAUCAAGAUGAUCUUUAAAUUUCUCCAAUUUAACGGGGCUAACUUGUACACCAAAAUUAUGCUAUGAAAAAAGAGGUCACCGUGCUUGGUAAAGAACUAAAGAGCAUCGUACCUCUUUACAGGGUCCAUUGAUUGAAAAGCAAUAUCGUGCUCUCGGAAUUCACGCGCGCUUAUUCGCCUGAUUACGUGAUUUUUUUACGCAGUACAGGAUGCCCAGUGCAAUACUAAGGAAUCUCCUUUAGACUGAGAGCAAGAUUCAAUUUGUUAGAUCAUUUCAAUAGUAAUUAAUGGAAAAAUAAAUACCAAAAAUUAGGAUGCAGGCAAAGAGAAUACGGCUAAGCUACGAGCAAAGUAUGAGGUCGAAAUUGAAGACUUUUGCAGGCAGAAAUCCAAAAACGCUUAAUGCGAGACUAGGAGUGACUUAAAUGGAAAGAAAAAAAAUUUUUCAGUCGCUGGAAAAGGUUCGAGCAAAACUGCAAUAAUCAGCAAAACUCAACAAGACACGAACCAACUUCUAAGUCAUGUUUUUGGGCUGCCAAAUCGAGCAAGGUUUCGUCAAUUCAAAAAUCGAUAAAUUACAGUGACACUCAUUUUCAACUUAAUCAAACUUCUCCUCUUUAAGUUCUUUCCUUAAGGAGUCGUAUAUUUCAAAAACUUUUCGGUAUUUUCUGUCAAAUUUACGAGAAUUCAAAGUUGAAAUAGUUCCAUUCACACUGAGCUGGCACUUGCCAAAAGUUUCAGCUUGCCUUUUUAUUACGCAAAUUUGGAUUGGUGUAUGUGUUGUCAGAUGCCCGAUGUAUUGAGAAAAUGGAUAUCAGUCAAGCUGUAAAUAAACAGCAUUUACCUUCUUCUGCAAUUUUAUUGGAGAAAUAUGCCUAAAAUAUAUAGGGUAUUUUUUUGUGAAAAAGUUUUCUGUGUCGUAGUAGAAUUGUAAUGUAGUAAACAGUUUUCUUCAAACUAAGCAGAUACGCCUGAACAACUUCGUUGGGAGCCGAUUACUGCUUAAGCAACAGAGAACCUUUUUUUGGUGUUUACAUUCUCUCAUUUAAACACUCGGAGGGUUGGGAAAUUUCUUGAAAGCUAUGCAAACCCUCGACUGCGUGUCGGGUUUGCAUAAUCUUCUCAAAUUCUCCCAACCUCCUCUCGUGUUUAGAUGAGAGUAUGUAAACACGGUAAAAAGGUUCUCUUUUGCUUGAGCAGUAAUCGGCUUUUUAACGAAGUUGUCCAGGCAUAUCUGCUCAGAUCGAAGAAAACUAUUUACUGCAGUACAAUUCCACUACGACAUAGAAAACACAUAACCUGACACAGCUGAAUGGCGAUAUCAAACACAUGUAAAAAAUUAUCGCAAUAUUAUAGGCGUGCUGUUACGCCUUUUUACAGGGCGGGAAAUCCUUCUUAAAAACCGCAGCUUAUGUAAUUUUUUUUUUUUUCCUUCAGCUUUUUAUAAAGAAAAAUAUACAAAAUAUCACAUUAACCGAAAUUCAACUUUUUAGCCGAUCCGUGCUAUAAUUACAGAAACCUGAGUGAUGCUGACAGAAAGAGCACUUACAACACACCCUACGGUGGAGAAAAAUGUGACGACGAGUCCUCAUCCUUAAUAUUCUGGAAAUGGUAUCGUUUCGUAGGAGAUGCAGGAACAAAAAUGCCAACCCAAUGCGUACCGGAUAAUAGAUGUGGUGCGGUCUUCUCAGGCUGGCUAAAGGUGGUCACCCCACACUGGCAGAUGAUGAGGUUUCUUCAGAGGUCUGUUUUACCAGAGGUGGAGAUUGUUGCAAGAAGUCAAACAACAUUAAAGUGAAAGACUGCGGAUCCUACUUUAUUUACGAACUACUAGAGGUACCCAUUUGUAAAGGGCGCUACUGUGGCACAGACUAAAUGUUAUAAGCAAGUUAUUCUGCACAGUGAAAGUAUUCACAAAUCGAUUCAUUGACACGCACAUGUACAUCAAUGAUAGCAGGGACUUAAAGAAUAUCAUGUGAUCCACUUUUUAUGAUCAGUGUUAAACAGUGAGUAGUUUGAACACAAGAGUACCUUUGGACCGCUUAGUUUGAUCCUCCAAGUAAGAGUGCUCCUGAGUAGUUGUGACUGAAGGUAGUCAGUAAUAGUGACUGACGUUUCUAUAACCUUAGCGGAAAUCAUCAUCAGAGUCGACUGACCAAUAGUUGUUUAUCCGGGUAUAAGAACAGACUCUCCCCCCCCUUCCCGUCCCCCCAGCUAAUGUCAACAACUAUGGGCAUAUUAGUAAGCUUCUAAAUAAUCAUAAUAUCUCUAUCUGUUCCGAUCGAGGUAAUUCACUAUGCAAGUUUUAAGCACUCUUGAUGUUUACUCAGGUCGUUGGAAACUAAAAGCAGCUUAGGCGUCUUGUUGAUAGAGACUGUAAAUAAUUUCUAGAAUUGCAUAAUUGUUAUUCAUUGUUACAUUAAUACUCAAACUUUCUGAUGACAUAGUAUGGAAAACUAGAACAUUCUAUUAUGCUAUGUAAUUAUGAUGUAUUUCUAUCACAACAGUUGUGUUGUAAACUUCGAAUUCCGGAACGUUUUGAAGUACUGACUGUAAAUAUAUGAAAAUCAUGUAUGUGCACUGCGGUGAAGAAACGAAUAUAAGAGAUCCUCGUAGUCAUGGACACUACUGAACUAGUAGUUGAAAUAAGACCUGAAAAAAUUUAAGGCCCGUACGGGAUUUGAACCCAUGACCUCUGCGAUACCGAUGCAGCGCUCUACCAACUGAGCCAACAAGCCAACUGGGAGCUGAUGAUUAUGUUGGAGUAGUAUCUUUUUUUUUUGUCGGAAAAGAUCAACUAUCUAGGAAGCUUUACCAAAAGAUAGCUCCGUACUGCGAUAUACUUCAAAGAUUGUGUAUUUUGAGAAGAUUUGAAGGCGAGAGUGAGUCUUUGGUGUCGGUAGAGAGCAAAGUUAUAGUUUAUAGUGGCUUUAAGUAAGUUUUUAAAUGACAAUUAUUGUAUUGCCUAUAGGAGUAGGUCAUGAGAAGGAAUUAUUACAAUUUGUUUAAUAAAAGUAGUUUAAAAUUGUAGGAGUAUAGUAUUCGUUAUUUUGAUUAAAUUAUACCUUAACAGGUGAAUCUUGUAGGAAAACGUUUUGGGUGAAAUGGCUGAAAUCUAAAUACUGUCUGCCAGAAGCUAUUAUACAAGCCAUUCUAACGAAAACUAAACAACACCAGAAAGAGGCCCGAAAUGACGACCAGUUAAAGCCUAAUUUUAAAACCUUUUCAGGCUUAUUUGUGUAUGUGUAACCGCUAGCAGAGAAGGUGUAAUCUGUUACUCUGGUUGCUUUAGUUAUAACUGACAAUGAGCCUAAGACAAAUAGCACGUCUAAGUAAUCAGAGGUUUGCAUGUCUUUGAUGCACUUUAGAAAAUUUAAAUUGACUUUCCUAAAGGCUAAACCUUCUUAUCGCCUGCUAUUCAAAUUCUCUACAUGUAAUAAGUUUAAGAUUACAUGAGACAAUGAAUUAUUACUUUCCAGAUGUCAGUAAACAAAACCAAUUACACUUUAUAUUUUUGUUGUUGUUAAGGGCACUGUCGUUAGUGUUGUUGAAGUGCAAAGUUCAUCAUAUUCCUUUGGGUGAAUAAUCGAUAAUCUUCGGAAGGGUGCCCAAUCCGUGUUAUGAAGCAUAGUGACGACAAAAGAAAUAACAUUGACGAUGUAUCACUAAAUGAUCCAGUGUUCUGUGUCACACAACUCUCCGCGGGAUGGUACCGUUUCGUGACAGCUGUAGGAACUAGAACUCCAACAACUUGCGUUGAUAGUUAUAAAUGUGGUAAAACCAACCCAGGCUGGUUAAUCCUUCAACUCCCGGAGACGAUUAACCUGUUACUUCUCCCAACAAAAUCCAUUCACACUCUAAGCUUAGGAAACUUAUCAGGAAGAAGUUGUUUACCUGAUCUAACAUCAAACCAUCUAAACUUAUUUAUAAGGAAAUGUGAAGCACUUUAAAGGGAGAAUCAACAAUCAGAUCUUAGAGGUUAAAGGGUUAACUUGUGCUACUCCUGUAAUGGAAGAUGGGGAAUUUGACAGGAAGGUCUACUUUAAACAUAAAAUUAGAGGCUGUUGCUACUGAUCAGUUCAGAUUUAAGUAGAAAGUUCUGGACUCUACCAUUUAUACAAAUUUUUUCACUCACCAACUUGUGAUCUUCGCCACUAUGAUACAGACUGACGUUGAGAAAAAUAACUCCACGUAAAAAGGAUUUAUGAACCGCUAUCUAAGUAGACGCCUAUCACAAAUUUAAAAAAUUUUAUUUCUCAUCAUAAAACUACUUACAUUAUUUUAACUCUAAUUGUAAUAGUAAAUUAUUGACCCAGGCGAGAUACCUGUCUGACUGAAUGGUAACCAUCCUAUAAGUCCCAAGGAUUGGUCCGCUAUGGCACGAUUAAAGUAUUUUACCAGUGUUACUCAAAAGAUUUCUGAAAAAAUUAUGACAUCAGCUAUAGAUACAAAAUUUGUUUGAACAAGCUGUGAACUGUGCUUGAAUGGUCCAGACUAAAUUUGAAGCAAAUAACUGCACGUAAUGAGAGGAUUCAUAUAUAAAUGCGUGCAGGUAGAUAUGUAUCCUCCCCUCAGUCCUUUCCUUAUGAACAUGACGCGUGAGAAUUUAUUAGGUAAUCAGAUCUUCUUUGAAAGUCAAAUCUUUUUCCAGGGUCAAAUUAGCAGUUCGAGCGCAUGGGGCAAGUUAAGAACGAAUUAGACGUAGAACAUAGCAGCCCAUUGAACAUGGCACGUUACCUAAUUUAAAUAGCGCUUAUUACAAUAUAAAAAGAAAAGUAACACAAAUAAUUAAAUAAUUUACCGGCGUAACUGUCUUGUUGCCUUAUCUAGUAUCAUCUCGUGUCUCGGGAAGAGCCAAAAUCAUUUCACCUUGGGUGCUUGCGAUCUUGGUUAUCUGCUUGCAGAUUCUCCUAGCUUCUAGAACCAAGGAAUGUUUCUUUUAAAAGUAAAUUAUCAGCACUGACCAUUAUGAAUUCGACAGCGACGUCUUCUACUUUUGUUUGUUUCCCUUUGUUUUGUUUUAUUUAAGGUACGUCUAUAAACGAGUCUAUGUAGCCGUUGAGACAUCUUUGCGAGAAGAACUGCACGUAAACAUGAGAUUGAUAAACUUAUAUCACUCUCACUUCCACUGACUUCAUCCCCCAUAAUCUUUCAGCUAAGGAAGAUCUACGUGCAUUUAUAGCCCAAAAUAAUUAAUGAUAAAAAUAAAUUUCCGACUUAAGCAUUUUGAGAGGCGCGCAAUAAGAGUGAAAGGUUUGAACAAAUCAAAAAGUUCGUAUUUGAUUAACACAAUUAUGGCUGAGUUUAGAUGUUUACAUAAUUCAAGUUACCAAGGGCUCGUUUACACUUGAAAUUUUAAGAGAGCCAUUGAUCUUCUCUUCUUUAGCCAGCGGUUACAACAAAGUUAUGCUGCUGUGCUGCAGGGACUGCAUUCCAAGCUGUCAAAAGUGAGCCAAACGUUUCAUUCACACGUAGAAAGCUUUGAACAAAGUCAAGGAGACUUAACAGCUGACAAAGAGAACACAUUUAUUUCCUUCAAGUAACACGCGUGAAUGAAUAAAGACUGCUAUUGAUUCUAUUACUAAAAUAGAUGCUGAAAUAAUAGUUCCUGAGGGAGUUUCUCUCUCUACGAGUAGUUAAGCAAAAGUUUAAAGUUCAUAGCAGGCAUGGACUUAAUGUCUCAUCCACAUGAAUUGAACUAACUAGUGAGAUCACCAAAUUAAGGAUAUCAAAAAGCCCUCUCAAUCAAAAAAACAAAAAUUCAGAGGGUUUAACUCAGACUGGCUUCUUAUAGUAAAGAUCGACGCUGGAAUGUUGCUUAUCUUUCAAAUAGGCCAUCACCCGAUUAUAUCAAAUUACUGGUAUGCUAAGAAUUCCCGAUUGAUUUUUCAAAGAAACAGAGAUAUGUGUCUUCAUUGAUGCACAUUAGCAAAAGCGAACUAAAAAAUAUUGUAUUCAAUAUCAAGUAAAAUAUGGGGUCGAAAAUUCCCUAGACGCGUUAGAAAUGGUUUUAACUUCAGAUAAUUCUCAUUUCUAAUGAAAUGCACGAUUCAGUGUGUUUUGCUCCAAUUUUCCUAAUCGUAAACUCUAUACAUACUGCUAUAGUGUUGCAAGUAAAUUGAAUUUUCUAAUCUAAAAUUUCUAAUCUAAAAUUUCGCUCACUCAUGAGUAUGAUUGAAGAUCGAAUUGGAUGACACAAAGUCCCGUUACCGAUUGAUUAUAACCAUUACAAUUUAAGAAGAAAUUAAAUACAAGUACAUUUACUUGAGAAAAUAUUUUCGGUAGAGACACUGUUUUGUGGGUUAAGUGGUUUUGCUACGGUUAUUACAAUCAACUCUGUGAUUGGGUGAUUUGGAGGAGUGGACUUAAUGUGAUAAGCUGCCUUAACUGUCCGAUUACAGGUGUCAAAUUAACUGUCCGAUAAAGUUGACUGUCCGAUUACAACUCUACAGACUAAUUAGUGCUAAUAUAAAGCAGCUAAAGGACAAAAAUCACUUGAGGAAAUUGUAAUGGUUAUGACUGGUCGUGGAGGAGAGAGGGGCGAAACUGUCAUGUUUUGUUACUUAUACAACUUUUAAGUUUCAUCACUCCAUUGCCUUUGCUUAGUCCCUAAAAAAGCAACUGGUUCUUUACCUGUCUAGAUGCAAACCAUAAAUGGUGCUAAUCAAAUCCGAUUCAAUUUCCCAAAGAUUUCUGUCGCAAGAUGGAAUUUACAUCUUCUCUUGCUUUCCCUGGCAAACGGCUCAUAAACCACUUGAUACGAACCGUAGAGUCCCCUAUGCAAGACUUCUGUUCAGCUCUAUGCUACAUGGGACUCAACUGCGUCAGCUAUAACGAAUUAGUGACCAGCAGAUCUCCAGUAAUCACAAAAUGUGAACUGAAUAAUUCCACACACAAUGAACAUCAUCAGGAUCUGAAGUCUUGGACAAACUACAGAUAUUAAGCAACAAUGGUGAGUACAUUCUUAUCCUAUUGGUGUUUUUCAUGAGUUUGGUGAUUUUUGAUGGUUGAUUAGUAUCCUAUCAUGGCCAUGCAAAUAACAUUACUUAUCAUUUGGUAGAUUAGUAUAUAAAGUUGGCUCAACCUCGGAUUUUUUUAGCUUGUAAAUAUUUCCAUGGUAAGUUGUUUCGCUGUCAUGUUGUUUGGCUGGUUGCGUAAUGUUUGUUUGCAAUUGGUUUGUAUGUUUGAAUGGUUGCCUGGCUGGUUGGUCGGUUGAUUUUAUCUCAUGUGACAUUUCAAUUUUCAAAGUAUCAUUACCACUUGCCACUUCAAUCGGCAUAUAUGUACUUUUUAACCUCGUUUUCACAUUAGAAUACUUAUGGACAGACUCCAUGCCAGUAUAAUGGCACUUGUCAGACAGGAUUUACAGACAAAGGUUACAGAUGCCUUUGCCCACCUGAAUACAAGGGCACCAAUUGCGAGGAGAAGAACGGUAGGUAAAAAAGCAUUUCUCAUUUGGUGAAAUACUUUUAUGAAAAACUCUACCUCACCCUUGAAGUUGUCUAUCGAUGAAUCCAAAUGCCAGUCCUAUUCAGCCAAUUACUCAAUUACCAGAUGUCUGAAUCCCCUUUUGUCUCUCCUGUUUUCCUAUCCAUCUUUCUGACUAAGCGGAUGGCUGUCUUGCCAUGUAUUCUUUUUACCCAACUCACAUUUUUUUGUUAAAAAUCAAUUCAUCACAUAUGUGUUGGUUCUUUUCCCACAGUAAGAUGGAUACAGAUGACGCCACUUACAGUUUGCUUUGAAGCAAGAGAUGAUUCGUAUGGUUUCUUUCGAACUUCCAAAGCGGGUAACAUCAUUACAUUCAAAUUAACGUACAAAUCUGGUUACGUCACCUGUGAUGCACGAAAGUCAGGUUUUCAAUCCAAAUGGGGAUGCCUUUGGAACCGUUUCAUUCCCAACCAAAUGGCUACUUUGAUAACUGACAAAAACCGUAAUCUUCUUCUCCCAAAGAGUGAUUUCCUAUCAGAUUAUCGGGACUGCAAGUUUUACAGCCUGCCUUGGGCCACAACCGAAUCGCCACAACUGCACUUUGAUAAUUUCUCUACCCCGCUGAUGGUGGAGACGAACCAAGAAUUCCAAAUCUGGUACAGCGAGGACUUGUUCAAAUGGGGUUAUGGCGAUAAUGGGUACGAAAAAACGUGUAUUGCAGUGUAUGGUUUGUAUGUUUGAGUUGUCGCCAAAAUUAGGAAGUACAUUGAAGAAGAGAGUGCCAAAAAUUGUUGUUCACGCCUUUAUGACUUCAAUAUUACAUAACUGCAACUAACUGCUAUAUGGUCUACCCGAGCAUCUGCUUUCAAGAUGACAAUCUGUUUAAAAUACAGCAGCCCGAAUUGUUACACGUACUAGGAAGUUUGAUCGUAUGACCCCUGUCCUAAAAGAAAAAUUGCACUGGCUUCCUGUUCGUCACUGUAUAGUUUAUAAAAUUCUUUCACUGGUCUACAAGGCUAUCAAUGAAGCAGUGCCUUGCUACAUUAGUGACAAACUAAAUUAUCGCACCUCUAAACGGACACUUACGUCCCUUCUCAAUACGUUCUGGCGACCCCGAAAGCGAGACUAAAGACUUAUGGGGAAAGGACGUUUGCUGUGGCGGCUUCAGGACUAUGGAACUCGAUCCCACUCGUAAUAGCCAUAGGAUCUAGUUCUUCAAUUAACAGUUAAUUUCUUUAACUACUUAAUAAACUAUCAAAAUGUGGGGCAGUGUGCUCCUAAAAAUUUCCUCGAUAGACCGACCGGAAACUUUAAAGAAGUUGACCAAUUAGUGAUGAAUUUCUCUCUCGAGAAAUGUAAAAAUUAGAAAAAUGUUUCAAACUUUGCCAUGAGCAUGUUUUGAUGAAUUAGCAGAGUAUGUUGGGUUAUUUUUUAUUUCAUCAAAAUGCUCCAUUUAAAGCUCUUUUCUUCUUUUCUGCAAAUUUUUAGUACAUGUAGUUUUCGCCGUGGCAAUCAAUAGCGCCGUAUCGAUUCGGCUGUCGAUUGUAAAUAAUCAAAAUUGAUUUUUUUCCUUAGUAUCAUAUCCGGUUCCCAGAAAAUUGCUGGAUUCCAGGCCUUAUUUUCCUGUUAUCUAUGAGGUAAUAUAAGAAUUUGCAUCAACUCCAAAUUCUGUGGAAAAAUGUAGCGACACAGAUCUUAGGGCAAGUGUUAAACUGUACCGCCCGAACUUUACCGCUGUGGAGUAGAGCUUUCUUUGAGUGCGAGAGAGCGUGACCACAUUUGCACAUUUACUAAGGCGUAUUCUGUGAGCCUGGGAUACCUGUGCCUUUAUCGUUCAUUUCUUCCUCGGUUGAUAAAUGUCCGAAUGUGACUUAAGGUCUACCUCAAAUUCCCUGUCUAAAUCCUCUCGGAGUAUUUUAUUUAAAUGGUUAGCUUUGAAUUCGUUUCAGGCCAUAAAAGCAAAGAGAUUUCUCUCAAAUCUUUGCAGCCGAGAAUCUUAACUGGAAAACAGAAAAGAAAAUUAAUAAAUAUGAUUAUAUGAAAAUCAUGUGUGGAAACUACGGAUUUAGAAAUUAAUAUGGAAGAGGUAUUCGCAGCAGUGAACACAACUUACGCAGUAGUGAAAAUAAAGCCUGAAAAGUUCAGGUCAUACGGGAUUUGAAUCCAUGAACUUUGCAAUACCGCUGCAGUGCUCUACCAACCGAGCAAAUGUGAUUUUCAUAUAUUCACUUCACGGGUUUAUUACGAACCAACAUUAUGAGCGUUGAAAGGAAAACGGAUUAGAUCAAAAUUAUAUAGGUAACAGACGGUAUCCUCCCCUUUGUCCUCUCCUUAUCAACAUGACGCGUGACAAUCUGCUAAAAGAGUUUAUCAAGUACGCAGAUAUUCUUUGAAAGUUGAAUCUUUUCAAGGGUCAAAUUAGCAGUUCCAGGCUCUCAGAACCAGCGGAACCAGCAUCUCCGCUGUUCGAACGCACGGCACAAGUUAGGGAUGAAAUAUACUCAGAAUAUAUCAGCCCAUUAAUGAAAAUAGCGCUUUGAUACAUACGACCCUCUUACAGUACAAAAAAAAAAUUUAGAUUCUCGUAGCUUCUAAAAUUGUAAAAUAUUGCUUUCAAUUAUGAAUAAUUAGCACUGACUUUUAUGAAUUUUACGCCGACGUCUUGUGCUUUUGUUUUUUUCGCUUUGUUUUGUUAUAUUUUUCUAAGGUACGUCUAUAAACGAGUCUAUGUAGCCGUUCAGACAUCUUUGUGAGAAGAACCGCUCGUAAAUGUGUGACUGAUAACCUUACGUCAGUCUUGCUUCCAGUGACAAAAAUCUACGCGCAUUUAUACCCCAAAUAACUAAUGAUAAUAAUGAGUUUCCGACUUAGAGCAUUUUACUAAUAGAUGCCGAAAUAAAAACUCGUAUGAAAAACCAGAUCUUUGUUUGUGAAAGAUAACUUUCUCCUUAGCUUAGAGAAAUAAACAAAAGGUGGAGUAAUUGACGUUGUUUCCCACUUUCUCUUCAUCUGCAAGGUAAUUUACCGGCUUGAUCUGGAUUGAGAGGGACGCAAAGGAGGUUGAUAAUCUCGAACUAAGGAAGGUUGAUAAGGAUAUCGGAAUUUGGAAAGAAAGUAUAUAAAUAGGAAUUCUGUGUCCUUAAAUAAAAUGACUUUCUCAUCUAAGUAACAGAGCAUCAACAAAGCACGGAACUUUUUCUCGAUUUAAACUUGACGUGCGGAGAACAAGCUUUAAAACCUGUUCCUUUUUCAGACACCUCAUUAAUUACUUCAAGCCACAUCCUUUAUUCCAUGUCCACCGGCUUCAGUGACGGCAAAGGAAGGAUAAAAAAUAUAAUAUUUUGAUCUUCUGGGAACAACAAUUACACCUGUUCCUUUACUCGAUCAUCAUGUGGUCAAAAAAUUUUUCAAAACCUAGAAGCUCAAUAAUAACUCUGUUCACAAUUAUCUCAGUAGCGGAAUAUUUCGCAUGCUGUUCAAUCGCUAGAGUUUAAUUAACACAUUUUCAAUGCGUUUUAUUUACCCUAAUCAGACCGAAUGCCGCCAAUGCUAAAUUCCGAGCCAAUAGCCCUGCAAAGUACAAAGUCGAAUAGAAAAUCUCCUAACUAUAUGAUUAGAAUUCUCUGCAUACAAAAGAAGUAAACAGGCAUAAAAAUCUUUUCAGAAGUCACCAGCGAUGAUCCUUAGUAGCGGCUCAAUUUAGUCUUUACCAUGGCUUCUUCCAGAAAAUUUUACUUGGUCGCCCUGUUAUCUUCAUUGGUAAUUAAAGUUGCGGGUGAAGAAGGUGAGUUAUACUUUCAUUUCCUCCGAGCUGACAUAAAAUCAUUACAGUUCAACUAAGUUAGACGCACACUCGAUUUCAUGUUCGUUAUUUUCAGUUUUUUCCAUUGAUAGAAGGUAAUGCAGUUAACUAAACUUGAAACCAUCCAGCCUAAACUUACUUUUCAAAACUCUAAGAUAAUUGUAGAAAACAUUUUUAGGUCGCAUGAACGAUAAGGCAAAGGCCGACGUGUUGACUUUUGGUAAAUAAUAACAACACAUUUUUUUCUGUUUGGUGUUGUUAAGACAACCCAAAUUCUAAACCGCCAAUCGCAGCCCACACAUAAAAAAUACAGGUCUUCCUAUUGUAUGAUUAAAAUUAAAACGGACUCCUGGUUAGUUCGGUUACAAUGCAAGGACAGGAGAAACUGGUGGGUGACAAAACUCCCCGCUAUCGAGAGGCAACAAGGCUCUUCUUCGGUCUUCUCCCCUUCUUCUUAUUUUUACGCUAAUGGCCCUGAGGGAGUUUCUCUCUCUACGAGUAGUUAAGAAAAAGUUUAAAGUCUAGGGCAAGUGUGGAAUUUAUGUCUCAUACACAUGAAUUGAACUAACUAGUGAGAUCAAGAACUCAAGGAUAUCAAAAAGCCCUCAGCCAGGACAAAAAAAUUCAGAGAUUUUAACUCAGACUGGCUUCCUGUAAUAAAAUUCAAUGCUGGAAUGUUGCCUUUUUCAAACUGGGCCAUGGUCCGAUUGUACCAAGUUACCGGUAUGCUAAGAAUUCCAAAUUGAUUUGUCAAAGAAACAGAGAUAUGUGUCUUCAAAGAUGCACUACGGCAAAAGCGAAUAAAAAAAAAUAUUGUAUUCAAUAACAAUGGAGUCGUAAAAUACCCUAGACGCAUUAUAAAUGGUUAUAACUUCAAAUAAAUUUAAUUUUUAAUGAAAUACACGAUUCAGUGAGUUGUGCUCCAAUUUUCUUAAGCGUAAACUUUAUCCAUUCUGCUACAGUGUUGUAAGUAAUUGAAUUUAUAAUUGUAAUGGGACCGAGUGGAGUUUAAUUUCGCUCACUCAUGAAUGCGAUUAAAGACCGAAUUGGACGACACGCAGUCCUGUUACCAAUUAACCAUAACUAUUACAAUUUAAGAAAAAAAAAAAGGAAAAACAUAUAAACUUACGACACGAAGUCCCGUUACCAAUUGAUCAUAACCAACACAAAUACAUUUACAUUUACUUGAGAAAAUAUCUUCGGUAGAGCCACUGUUUUGUAGGGUAAGUGGUUGUUGCUACAUUUAUCAUAGUCAACUCUGUGAUUGGGGGAUUUGGCGGAGUAAUUUGCUGCUUUACCUGUCCGAUUACAGAUGUCGAAUUACAGUGGACUGUCCGAUUGCACUUUCCGAUUACAAAUCUACAGAAUAAUUAGUCCUAAAUAAAGCAGUUAAAGAACCGAAAACAUUUGAGGACAUUUCUCCACUGGUCGUGGAGGAGAGAGAGGCAAAACUGUUAUGUUUUGCUACUUUUACAACUCGUAAGUUUCAUUACUCCAUUGGCUUUGCUUAGUCCCUCAAAAACGCAACUGGUUCUUUACCUGUCUAGACUAAACCAUAAAUGGUGCUAAUCAAAUCCGAUUCAAUUUCCCAAAGAUUUCUGUCGCAAGAUGGAAUUUAUAUCUUCUCUUGCCUUCCCUGGCAAACGGCUCAUAAACCACUUGAUACGAACCGUAGAAUCCCCUGUGCAAGACUUCUGCUCAGCUCCAUGCUACAUGGAACCCAACUGCGUCAGCUAUAACGAAUUAGUGGCUAGCGGAUCUCCAGUAAUCACAAAAUGCGAACUGAAUAAUUCCACACACAAUGAACAUCCUCAGGAUCUCAAGUCUUGGGCAAACUACAGAUAUAAAGCAACAAUGGUGAGUACAUUCUUUUCCUCUUUGUGCUUUUCGUUUAUCCUUGGUUGAUUUAUCAUUGAUUGGUAUCCUAUCAUGGCCAAGCGAAUAAAAUUACUUAUCAUUUGGUAGAUUAGUAUACAAAGUUAGAAAGCUCUACCUCGGGUUGUUUAGCUUGUGAAUGUUUCGACGGUAAGUUGUUUCACUAGUAUGUUGCUUGGCUGGUUGCGCAAUGUUUUUUUGUAAUUGGUUUGUAUGGUUGACAGGUUACGUGGCUGGUUGUUUGGUUGAUUUGAUCUCAUUUGACAUUUCAAGUUUCAUUUCAAAGUAUCAUUACCAAUUACCACUUCAGUUGGCAUAUAUCUGCUUUUUAAACCUCGUUUUCACACCAGAACACUUGUGGACAGACUCCAUGCCAACAUGAUGUCCACCUGAAUACAAGGGCAUCAAUUGCGAGGAAAGAAACGGUGGGCAAAAAACAUUUUUCAUUUGGUGAAAUAUUUUUAUGAAAAACUCUACCUGACCCUUUAAGUUAUCUUUCCAUGAAUCCAAUUGUAAGUCUUACUCAGCCAGCCAUUCGUCCGUCUGCUCCUCCAGAUGUCUGAAACCCCUUUUGUCCCUGCUGUUUUCCUAUCCAUCUGUCUGACUAAGCGGCUGGCUGUCUAGAUGUGUAUUCUUUUUACCCAACUCAUAUUCUUUUGUUCAAAAUCAAUUCAUCAAAGAUAUGCUGUUUCUUUUCCCAACAGUAAGAUGGAUACAGAUGACGCCAUCUACAGUUUGCUUUGGGGCAAGAGAUGAUUCGUAUGGUUUCUUUAGAACUGCCAAGGUGGGUAACAUCAUUACACUCAAAUUAGCGUACAAAUCCGGUUACGUGACCUGUCAUUCAUCGAACCCAAGCUAUCAAUCCAAAUGGGGAUGCCUUUGGAACCGUCUCAUUCCCAACCAAAUGGCUACGUUGAUAACUGACAAAAACCGUAAUCUUCUUCUCCCAAAGAGUGAUUUCCUAUCAGAUUAUUGGGGCUGCAAGUUUUACAGCCUGCCUUGGGCCACAACCGAAUCGCCACAACUGCUCUUUGAUAAUUUCUCUACCCCGCUGGCGGUGGAAACGAACCAAGAAUUCCAAAUCUGGUACAGCGAGGACUUGUUCAAAUGGGGUUAUGGCGAUAAUGGGUACGAGAAAACGUGUGCUGUAGUGUAUGGUUUGUAUGUUUGA